GUUAACAGAAGUGAAUUCAACUUGAUUAUGACUGACCAGAGUGAAUCACUUUGUGUCAAGCAGGACGUUUUAAAUCUAGAAACUUGGUGCCAUUUGUUUCGAGGCGGUUUUUAAUUAAAGGUUGAUCGCUCUUUUUCAGCGUGUCUGUGGAUGUUGGGGGCAGUGCUUCAUUCAGAUCUGGCUUCGGUUCGGCUCCGGGCUGCUGCGCAGAGCAGAAGGAAUCAUAGUGAGCUGCUUCGUUUGUGGACAUGCUGUUCGGUCCAAACAAUGGAUUCCUCAGACUCCUCUGACCCGUACAGCCGCCCGGCGCGCAGAACACAGUGGAUCGUGAGCACUCUGGCUUACCAUUACGGACUGGACCGGGGAGUAGAAAACGAAAUCAUCGUCCUGGCCACCGGAUUGGAUCAGUAUCUGCAGGAGAUCUUCCACCACCUGGACUAUCAAGGACUCGGGAAAAUCCCCGUGGAGGACUUCAACGUCUUGUGCGAAGUUCUGGGACUAAGCCAGGACUCCGAAUCGGAGGAGUCUGCAGGAGUGUUGGACAACCUACCCAGCGAGCUCAGCUUCAGGCACUUCCACGCGAAGCUGUGCGGUUACUUCAGCACCAAGGCGGGGUCCCAGUAUGAAAACGGCCGCCUGCUGGUCGGGAAGGACAGCGAACACAUCGAGACUCAGAUCCGUCUGAGGAGCCCCCUGAAGCGGCGAGAGACGCUGCUUUCAGUUGGGGCGAGCGGCUGCUCCUCUCCCUCCCAGGUGGAGCGCCACGCCUUCGGCUGCAGGCUCGGCUCUCCCGGCUCCUGCAGCAGGGAGUGCUACGAGGAGAUCGUGGCUCUGGAGGAGGCGGAGGACCGGAUAGGCAAACUGGAGGAUGAGAAUGCAAGUCUUAGGGAACUGGUUGAGGACAUGAGAGCCGCGCUGCAGAGCAGUGAUGCGCGCUGUUUAGCUCUGCAGGUUGGAUUCUGGAAAAGUCACUUCAAACACAAACCAGAAGAAGGGUCUUUUGUUUCCCAGCAGAAACUGGCUGCCCAGAAGAAUAUGGUCAACACCAAGCUAAAUAACAGCUCUAACAGCAAUCUUAAGAGCUUGCAGAACAUCAUGCAUGAGAUUGAGUAUCUGCGUAGCUCCAGAGAACAGCAGAUGGAGGAGACCAUGUUGUGUAACCACAGACUGGAGCAGGAACUGUGGAGCUGUAAAGAGACCAUUGCUGCUUUGGAAGAGAGCAACAGAGCUCUGAACAGGGAGCAGGUGAGCAUGAGGAGGAAGGUGGAGGAGGCCAGGCAGGCUCUGCUUAGCGGACUGGGGAAAGUUAAGGAACUGGAAUCAAAGGCCAAUCAUGUUCCAGCGCUGCAGAGGCACGUUCUUCAACUGGAAUCUGAGCUCCUAUACUACAGGUCUGAGGUGUCCAAAUUCCAACUUCCAAGCAGCACCAGGGCAGAGCAGCAGCCUUGUGUCAGCAGGGGGCAGGGCCAGAGAUGCUGCCAGGACCUCCAUCAUGAUCGCUGCUCCCCAACAGGCCGAGCUGUGACCACCCCCGACAAGAUGGAGGAGCAGCUGUUCCGGUCAGUGGAGGGCCAGGCAGCCUCAGAUGAAGAAGAGGACAGGAGGACCGAAGAGCAACAGAGGCAGAUGGAGGAGGUGAAGAGGAUCUUAACCAAACUGUCAUGCUGUGGUCAAAGAUGUGGUGACAAGGCAAUGAAGAAGCUGACGUUUAAUCUUGGCAGCUUGAGGAAUGAAGAAAGUCACAGUGCUGUGGUGGAGCUCGUGGAGAGGGUCACCAGGCUGCACAAAGAGCUGGAGCUGAAGGAAAGCCAAGCAGAGAUGAACAUGGACCAGAUGAAGGACUCUCUGACGCAGGAGCUGCAGCAGAAGGCUGAGGAGACAGUGCUGCUUGAUGUGGAGCUGCAGUCACUGGAAAGAGAGAGAGUCCAUCUUUCACUGGUGGAGGAGAAGCUGGUGGAUAUCUUGCAGCUCCUGCAGCAGCUCGAAGACCUGGCAGACGGGAAGUGGGGUGGAGAGAGGGGGAAGGACGUGCAGCACAGGUCUGGAGGGUUGAGACUUGAACCCGGGACAUCUACGUCGAGGACUGAGACCUCUGUAUGUGAGUUGCGUGUUCUACCGCUACGCCACGCACUGCGCCCUAGAUGGUUUAUCUUCAGUGAUCAACUCCAAGUCUCUGAGAACGUCUCCCGAAGGUCUCUAGGGAAAAUGUUGCUCAGCAGUUUGGAGUCAGGCAGCAACCCACAACAUGGCAAAGCACACAUCCUGGAGGUGCUUAACGCCCUUUACCAUGAACUGGCUGCAUGUGAGAUUCUAUCUUCUGAUGGACCUCUGCAGAAAACACAGAGUCAGCAGUCGCUCCACGACAUCAUCUUCUACUGCUGAAAAAGACUGCCACCCUCUGGGCCCAAUGUGCUAAAGCAAGGAGACCAGAAAGUAGUCAAAUGUUAAGCUGAUUGAUGUGUGUAUCGCAAGCCUUUAUACCUAGAUAUCCUAGAGAUGGAAAACACAAUUUCAUAAAGAUCUUGGAUGGCACUACAAAAUAUUCAUACCUAUGUAAUUGUGGCAGUACUGGAAUGUCUCUACUAGCUUUGAACAUCUACAGACUAACAUUUUUGCCCAUGUAGCUUGAGCUCAGUGAGAUUAGACGGAGAGCGUCUGGGAGGAUCAAUUUUAAAUCGCCACUGAUUCUCAGUUGGAUUUAUGUUUUUGUAGCCUCUAGCAGGUUUUCUUCCAGGAUUGUCAAAUAUUCUGUAUCUAAAUUUGUUCAUGUGUUCAUUUAUCUUUGGCAAAAAAUGUCAACUUACUUGGAACACAAAUCUAAAGCAAAACUGUUAAUAAAGUUCAUUUGAAUUUUC